AUGGUUGCGCCAGCUGUUCCCGAGAUCUACGAGGAGGAUGAGCUAUUCGCCGCCGUCGAUGCGCGCUCCGAGUCGCUACAGAAUCUGAGGGAGCUUGGCCCCCCGGACUUGGUUUACCUGGUCAAGCAGCCCAAGACUGGGUCAACUCGACAGACCGGGGUUUAUCACCAUGUCACCGGAAUCGAUGCCUCCUCCUCCGCUAGCUUGGCGGCCUACGUGAAUACGCUCACCUUUUCGCCGCUUGACAAAACAAAUAAAGUGGUUUCCGGAGUUUACUGUUGCUACAAUGCGUUUUCCCACCUUGAUAUGCGCGUUGAAGUUAAGAUUCCCGGCAGCCUAGAGAGCUAUUGCAUCGACGAGCGCGGAGACAAGCGGGUUGCGACCGAGGCAUUAUGGCUCGAGACAUUUCUGUGCGGGGUGCUGAGAGCCUAUUCAUACGCAGACGAUGGUAGCGGAGAUGCUAUCAGGAAGAUCGUGGGUGUUCGUCGAUUCAAUCCGGUCACAAAUACAGAGAUGGAGCACCGGUUUCUCGACGCUGCUGAGCGGCUGUUCUUCAUGGGGAGACAACUGAGCUCCGACCCCGAAACUCAGGUCCCCAAUACCGUCACCAACCACCUCACCUCGGGUUUGCUCAAAUACAUUCACACCACCGGACGUUAUACUUCUGGAAUCAACUUGUUCGAGAAACUCCGCACGAAGGAUGUAGAGGUCUCGUCUCUACUUGCUAAGGUUCUCAGAAUGGCGGAUGAAGAGGUCCGGGCCGUGCGACUGAUGUUCGAUGCCUUGCAAGACGUCCCUAUGGACUACGCGUUGCUUGAUUGUCAGGCCGAUUUCUGCUCCAGCAAGGGCGAAGGCGAAAUGGCCUUGGAGUGUGCGAAGCGGGCUGUGACGGCUGCUCCCAGUGAAUUUAGCACCUGGGCGCGGCUUGCAGAGGUAUAUGUGAACCUCGAGCAGUGGGAUCUGGCGCUGCUCACCCUCAACUCCUGCCCAAUGUUCACGUACCAAGACAAAGACACCCCCCGCAUGCCCCAGCCCUCUCGCAUCAUGCUCCCUAUCCUAGCCGAAAGUAUGUUGGACGAGAUCGAUGAAGGUCAACCGCGACAGGGCGACCCACACGACUAUGUGCACCCAUCGUUGCGGCGACUACACGCAGCCACGUAUCAGGGAACAUUUUUAAAGGCCUACAACCUGUUGACGAAGAUCGCCGCGGCGAUUGGUUGGGACCAACUACUCAAGGUCCGCAGCGAGGUCUUCGUCAUGGAGGAGGAGUACCGCACUGAACGCCAGCAGUCGACAUCCAAGCACUCGAUCCACACGAUCCCCGAAACCAACGGGGAUCACGAGCAUGAGAGUGGCCACAGCAGUCAGGACGACAGCUCCGAUGAACCAGCCACCAAUGGCGAUGACGGCCCACAAGGCGGAGAUGCAAUCGAGCGACCAGAGCAGACCAUGGCAUCGGAAGCUGCCAAGUCUGGCAGCGAGCCUGUAAGUAGAAUGAAUCCCUACCUAUCUCCAUGUCGGAUUUUAUUUCCCCCUAUACUAAACGUGAUCAUCACCCAGUCCGAUCCAUCGCAUUCCUCUUACACACAGUUCCGGAACAAACGCCUGUGCGAGAGAUGGCUAGACAACCUGUUCAUGGUCCUGUACGAGGAUCUGCGCAUCUACACCAUCUGGCGAACCGAGGUCGCCCAGUACCGGCAGCAAGCCAUGGAAUACAAGAAGUCAGCCACGGAGUGGGAGAUCCUGGGCGAGCUCGCCGAGCGCCUGCACCACUUCGAAGAAGGCAUUGAAGCGUACCAGAACUGUCUAUCGAUCCGGUUCUCGCCCAAGGCCAUGCGCGGCCUUCUCAAGCUAUACGAGCAACAAAACGACACCCGCAGCAUGCUCGGCGCACUGAUCCGUCUGAUCGCCUGGCAGUACCGCUGGUACUCCGAGUUCUCCCCCGAACUCCUAUUCAUGAUCCGCAAACUCAUCGAAGACGAAGGCGCCGUCAAAGUCCGCAGCAUCGUCCAGGCCACGAACCUCCCGCAGACCGUCCUCGACCUCACGCACCAAUACUGUCAAUUGUGCGCCACAUUCCGCAGCAGCGGCAGCGAUGGUUAA